AAUCAAUAAAAAAAAAUCAAAUAAGAUGGCAAACCUACCACUAUUGCUGAGCCUCGCCGACGACCUGGGACGCAUGUCGAUGGUGCCCUUCUACGAGCCGUACUACUGCCAGCGCCAAAGGAGUCCCUACUUGUCCUUGGUGGCCGGGCCACUGGAGCAGCAGCUACGCCAGCUGGAGAAACAGGUGGGCGCAGCAGGAAGUUCUGGCGCCGCUGUUCCCAAGGUGGGCAAGGAUGGAUUCCAGGUCUGCAUGGACGUGUCCCAUUUCAAGCCCAGCGAACUGGUCGUCAAGGUGCAGGAUAACUCCAUUCUGGUAGAGGGCAAGCAUGAGGAGCGCGAGGACGACCAUGGCUACAUCACCAGGCACUUUGUGCGCCGCUACGCUCUCCCGGAGGGCUACGAGGCCGAGAAAGUGGCCUCCACUCUCUCCUCCGACGGAGUGCUCACCGUGAGUGUCCCGAAACCACCGGCAAUCGAGGACAAGGCCAGCGAGCGCAUUGUCCAAAUCCAGCAGGUGGGUCCUGCUCACCUCAAUGUCAAGCAGAACGCCAAGGAGCAGCUGGAGCAGGGUCAGGAGCAGGACAACGGCAACGAGAAGUAGACAGAGUCCUCGUCAGAUACCAAAUGCUGCAUUUAAUCAUAAAUAUCAAAGUCAUUAAUCUGUUUUAUAUGCUGUAGUUCACCGG